AUGUUGUCUGAUCUUCCAUCAGAGAUAAUAUACCACAUCGCAACAUAUCUCCCAACUGCCAAUGCAUUAGCCCACCUGUCUCAGACAUGUCAUCGACUGCACGAGAUUAUCACCGCCGAAGACUCAAGGAUUUUCCGAGCUUUUGUUCAAAGCAGGUUCCCAACUAUUGAGACACCGCCAUAUUGGAAAGAUGCAGCUCAGGUCUUGACUUCUCGGUCUCGGGCUCUGGACCGAAAGGCCGUCAUCGGCCGAUUCGUUGUGCCAUCAGAAACUGCCACCAAGAUCGGUUGUCACGACAUCUCACGCUCAGACAACCCUACCCUCGGGUAUCGGCCUGUGAUUGACUCGUAUGAAGUCUGGAAUGGGAAAGGUUGGGCGGAUAGGAAAGAGGUACUCGCCUGGGGUGCUGCCAACCAGCUGGUGAUGCGGAUCAAACAGACUGAUGGUCAUCCCCAAGAAAAGUGGAUCAUUUUCAAUGAUGUUGAGGAUGUCAGCAGCUAUGACGAUAUCUCUUCUCUGCACCUCCUAUCCUCGAAGCCGGAAUACAGCCAUGAGACCGAUGUUGAGCAUCUUAUCUUUGGUCGAAUCCGAGGUGACAUCCUUCACAUUACAAUUUCACCGAAUGAUGCAACACACAGCUACAAAAAAAACCUCCUCACAUAUGGACUCCAGCUGGACAACACAGAUCUAAGUGAUGAUCCAGAACCAGUUUUGGCAGCCCAUUUCGACAACGGAGCCAUCGCCCUCUACCACAUAUCAACAGACAAGGAAGAAGUCGAACCAUUCACAUGGCUCCGCACAGAGGGCGCCCUGCGAAACAAAUAUUCAAAACUUCUAUCUCAAUCUCUAGUCGCAGUAUCAACAGGCGACAUCAAAGAAUCCCUAUGCAUCUCAAAAGUCACACCAAGCGGCAUUUCACCAUACCGAACAAUCAGCAUCGACAGCUUAAACUCCGACUUCAAAGCCCUAACAAGAAAAGCCAACAUCGGCGCCAUCGAACCUCUAAACACCCACCCCCUCGCCGGUCCCCCGGGUGAAGUCUUCUUAGCCGCAUGGGACGACUACACAGUCCGACUGCACGACCUACGCUCACCACGACCCUACGAAGUGGCUUACAAAGACAUAACAGACCUCAAUCCAAUCUACAGUCUCCACACAUUCGGACAUAACCACUUUUUAGCCGGGGCCGGCGGUGACGCAGUGGUUAAGAUUUUUGACAUGCGCAUGUGUAAUACAUACAGUUAUCUCGAUACACAAGUACCCACUUCAUCUCAAAUACAUACCAACAAACCAAAAGCCACCACCACCACCACCACCACCACCAACGGCAAAGAUCCAAAUAACAAAAACGCCUCUAACUCUCUCCUCCAUCUCCAAAAAGACUUCUCAGUCUUCCUCUCUAACCCAGCACCCCUGCCACCAACCCAGCAAAACCCCCGACGCCGUCGCCUCCCCUACCGCGGUCCAAUCUAUACAAUGUCAACCCCAUCCCCCGCCUCCCCAACAAUCUACGCCGGCAUCGUGGACGGCAUCGUACGUCUAGAUUUCGCAUCAACAGAUGAUCUAACCGGACCGCGGAAGGGAUGGUACGAGGAUAAUCUCCGUCUGGGACUAAAUACCGGACCGGGGCCGUCAUCUGAUGUGACGCGCGAUGCAAUUGAUUUGGCUGGGUAUGAGCGUCCCGAUGUCGACGGUGUUGGUACUACGACUAUUACGUCUAAGCUGAGGAAUCAGCGGGCGUUUUGGGAGAUUCCGUCUUCUCAUGUUGAGGGUGGGGAGGAUGGGGGUUGUUGGGAUUCGAGGUGGGAGCCUUUGGAGGAGGCUGGGGCUUGGAGGAGGAGGGACUGA